GUAUCGGAUAUAAAUUGAAGAUAAUAUGUCCAACGUAUCACAGUGCUUAUCGCUAUGAAUACUGUCGCUGGUUUUAUAAUCGCGUGUCUGGCGCUCAUCGUCCAUGGUGUGCCAGAUCCGCAAAUUGUUGGCGGCAUAACGGCUCGAGAUGGCGCGUAUCCAUAUCAAGCAUCAUUGAGAAGUAAUACACCACUUCCUAGCUCCCAUUUUUGUGGCGGAGCUAUCAUCAGUAAACGUUACGUGAUUACCUCUGCCAAAUGUAUUAUUACAUUUAGAAGAGUGCCAUAUAACGUUUUCGUCGUUGUUGGAAGCAAUGAUCUUAGAGAAACUAAUGCCGACGUAUAUCGAGCUAUAAGCAUAAUAAUGCAUGCUGGUUUCAACGAAAAGCUACGUAUUCAUGACAUCGGUUUAAUCAAAGUAUCGGAGGACAUCAAGUUUAACGAAAACGUCGGAACGAUUGCCUUGCCAACUGUCGAUCGCAAUUUCGAUGAUUAUCCUCUCAUAGCUACUGGCUGGGGAAAAAACUCGCUUAACGGUAUAGUUUCUAGUCGUUUACAAGAGAUUAUAGUAAAAGGGUACAACCACGAAUUAUGCAGCAGAUUCAAACAUGUCAAGGAAACUCACAUAUGUACCUUCACAAUGGAAGGCGAAGGAAUGUGCCAUGGUGAUGGAGGUGGUCCACUCGUUGCUGACAAUAUUUUAGUUGGUAUCAUGUCGUAUAGUUAUGGCGCGUGCGGUACAGGUGCCCCCGACGUAUCUACCAGAGUAUUUUUCUAUAAAUCGUGGAUUAAGUAUUACACAGAAAACCAACGUUCAAUGUGCAAAAUACUUAUCGCCAUGAACGCUGUCUGUGGUCUCAUAAUAGCAUGCCUACCACCCAGUGCUCACGGUAUAAGUUCCAAAAUAAAAUCUGCAUCAUUGAUUGGUGGUAACAGUGCUCCAAACGGCUUGUAUCCUUAUCAGGCAUCAUUAAGACAAGCAAAGAUCAAUAUCCAUUUCUGCGGUGGAGCCAUCAUCAGCAAGAAUUAUAUUAUUACAGCUGCUCAUUGCUUUAAUCACAGAGAUGACAGACGCACUUCUCACUGGGCAAUCCUAUCUCGCCGCACGCUUAUAUUUAAUGAAGUAUACGCAGAAGACGUUGGUCCACGGAUAAUUAAUCAACAACUUAACAAUCCGUCCGAUAUUCUUGUGGCUGUUGGAAGCAAUUAUCUUGACACGCCUCGUGCUAUUUAUCCAGCAGCAGACCUCAUACAACACCCUAAUUUUAAUAAAUAUAUGAAUGAUAUUGGUUUAAUUCGUGUAUUGCAAAGUAUUGAGUUCAAUGAAUAUAUUCAACCGAUUGUUUUGCCAACUACUGACCACAAUUACGAGGGUUAUUCUCUUUUAGUGACUGGCUGGGGAAAACUCUGGAUGAACGGUCCUCAUCCUAAUAUCUUGCAAGAAAUAACAGUAAAAGGAUAUUCCCAAGAAAAAUGCAACCGUCGUUAUGAAAAUAUUAUUAAGGAAACUCAUAUAUGUACCCUUACUGUGCAAGGUGAAGGAAUGUGCAAUGGUGAUUCCGGGGGUCCACUUGUUGCCGAUGGCGUUCUAGUUGGUAUCGUGUCUUUUGGAAAACUUCCAUGUGGUAGCGGUUUUCCAGAUGUAUACACUCGAGUGUUUUACUACAGAGAUUGGAUUAACUUUCAUUACAGAAUUUAUCACACAGAAAUUUAAUUUAGCGAUCGAAUUAAAAAACCUGCCAAUCGUAAUUUCAAAACUUCUGACAAUUAUAAUAUUUAUUGUCUUUUUUUAAACAUAUUAACAAUAAUUAACAAUUAACAAUUUUUAUUUAACAAAGAUUGUGUAGGACAACAUUGAUUAAUGUUAGCGUCACACUAUGCGCGUAUUUGCAAUUCAUAAUUUACAUUACGUUACACUGUAACGUGGUACACUGCAGUAUCACACAAAAGAAUAAAAAAUAUAUGUAAGGAAUAUUAGUAGAUUAUUUCUAACCGACCGUAAUAUAUUAAAUAUAUCAAUGAGUUGUAAAUCGCCUAACGGUCUGCAUCGGAUCUUAGUGAUAUAAUUCUUUUUAUUAAAUUUAAUUUUCUUAGCUUUAUUUUAAAGCCGACAGGAUUCGUCAGACUUAAGACACAGUAACUAAGCUAAAUUUUGAUGCUCAAGCACAUCUUACAAUCCCUCCUUCCUACCUUCCCCAAAAAUAUGUAAAAAGAUCUUUAACUAUUGCGAUUUUGCGUAUUGUAGAAAUACUAUAAAAGUAUAACAAAUAAUAUAAGCUAAGUAUCGUAAAAAUAUGAAUAUUGUAAAAAAACGUUUAUGCAUUACAUGUGAAGAGAUUAUGGGACUCAAAUCGCAAAUGGUUCAUAAUCUCAACGCAGGCAAUAUAGUUUUACACGCUAAAUGCGCACACACAAUGUUAUUUAAAAGCCAUAUUCAAGCCAUUUAAGUGUACUAUAGUAAAGUAAAAAAAUUAAUAUCCGACAUAUUUCUCAAAAUGAGGUAAAAAAUAUUGGCAUCUAUAAAACUUUCAGCUAUCUGCAAUACUGAAAUGCAACUUUUAUGACAAAAAACACUAAUAAUUAGUGGCUAUAUUAUAACAUCUAAACAGUAUGUAAAGAAAUAAUUUGGACGAUUAUCUCCAAAACUCAAAAUAUAUGAGAUAUCGUGAAUUCCACAAUUCCAGUCUAUAAUCCGCCUUCUUUCCUCUACUGCCCAAUAUUAC